GGGAGGGCGAAUGCUCGGAAGCUCUCUUCCACUCUUACUUUCCUCUCGUUACUCUGUCUCCCCCCCUUUUUCCUCUCUGUCUUCUGCACAGCAUUGUGCCGUCUAUAAGAUAAACCAGGGACAACACAUUCUGACUCAGACGAUAAGAUGAAGUCCGGCUUGGUUUUUCACGUCACCUGUGUGACCCUGCUCUCACUGUGGUUUAGUGUGUGUCACUCCACUCCUCUGUUCUACAACAUAUCCAUGGACGGCAGUGGUGAUGAAGCAGAGCUGGAGCUCCUUUUCCCAACUUCCUUUUCCACCCGAGCACCAGUUCACAUCACCACUGCUACUGGAACUCCCACCCUCACCAACACCAUCACCACCACCAUGAUCCGUCUGAAGGACUUCGUCCUGAGCCGAGUAGUGGACUUCCUGCAGGAGAAUUUGCUCAUUAUCAUCGUCGUGACCUCUCUUCUCAUCGUCAUGGUCUUCAUCAUCUGCUGUGCCUCUGCCAUGAGUCAUAAGCGCAAGCUGGAGGCCUACAAGCCCCUUCCUCAUCCCCCCAGGAAGUACAUGGCAGAUAAAACUAGUGGACGCAAGAAUUCCAGCGAGCUCCAGGAGAGGUCGUAUGCUGUCGACCAUGUCAAGAGGGUCCAGACUCAGAGCAUGGCCUCCCCUAAGCACCUGCGCAUGCCCUCCAAGGCUCUGGUGGGAGAGAGAGGGAGAGAUGUCAAGUCGUCACCUCGUCAGGAGGUCAGAAAGGUCAGGCAGGCAGAGGAGGUGGAAAAGCGGAGAGAGGAGCCCAAGCACAAGGAGCAGCCGAAGCACAGGGAGGAGGUGCAGCAGAGCUCCAGCCCCAGCACCAGCUCCAGUCAGCCGGUCUGCACUUGCCAUCUGAAAAAGGCCCACCACUAGGCCAUGAUCAAGGAUCUUGAUGUCAACAGAGGUGAAAUGCUUAAGAAAAAUGAAGACAGAUUGGUUAUUCUGCACACAUAGACAAGACUUGUUUUAAUUAGAAAGAGCUUUUUACAGAGGAAAAUGUAUUUAAGUGGGGCUCAUGCCUCAAAUGUAAAAAUCAUCCAUCUUUGAAACACAAAAAUCUAAAGAUUUAUAGAAUUAUGUUGUGAUUAGAUGGCCAACAACUGAUUCCAGGAGAUGUGGGCAAAGAUUGAUUUGAUGAAGUGUUCAGUCCCUUGAUUUUAUCAGUGAUUAUAAUAUCACCAGUUCACAACAGCCUGUUAUCAAAGUGUUGCGCCAUUGAGGUUGCUUCCCUUCAUGAAAUAAAAAGAUUUUCUUAUCUUAUGGAUAAGAUUUUCUUAAGGAGGAAGGCAAGAAAAAAGUAGUAUUUUAAAAACCAAUAAGAAUGGAUUUGAAUUUGAUUGCCAAAUUGAAAUAGUAAGUGUUCAUGUGUUUUAAAUACAGAGAUAUAUUUACUCCAUAUGCCUGCCAAGACAGAGGAAUCUCCUCAGUCUGUCCUGCUGUACGCCACGACAUCUUUUUCAGCAGCUAAGAGCCUUGGCUGAAUCAGUCUGUCAUUUAGAGAAAAAUCUUUGGUGCUGUAAAUAAAGCAAAGUCAGAUGCCAGUAAAAACGACUUGUUGGACUUGAUUUAAAAAAACAACAAAAAAAACAUUCUCUUUAUAUUUACAUUAAUAUUUACCUAAUUUUGUUUGCCUAAUGUUAUUUUAUGUCGUAUCACAUUAUAUUUUACUGUAAGAAACUAUUUCACAAAGCUUUAUAUCCAAAAGUACAAUUUGCAACUGUGUUACUUCUGGGUAGCUGAAGUAAAAACACAUAUUUAUCUAAUAUCUGUUUGUCAACAUAUUAUUUGGUUGAUAAUUCUAAACUGCCUUUAACUGGCAUAUACAUUAAAAAGCAGGCUUUUUUUGGUAUAAAAUUUUGUGAAUAAGGGUUUGACUUUUUUCAGUAAGUAAUAUUUCUGUAUAAGAUAAAUUAUGGUUUUUAUGGUUUUAUGUAAUGAGUCAAGAACUUGAGUACAGGGAUAGAUAGCUGGUUUGUUUUGCUGGUAUAAUAGGUUUAAGUCUGAUUUGUGGUAGCUAACAAAGUAUUUAAAAAUCAAAAAUAUUUAAAUGUGUCACAGUUACCUGAUUUUAGUUGAUUAAAAUAUCAGAUUGUACUGGAGAAGGUAACUCCAGAAACUCUCCAACUCACUGUCCCCUUACUUAAGUUAAUGAUUCUAAUGAUUAGCGUGUGGUAUACAUUUUGUUUGAUUUAAGGGCCAGAAUUUUUUCACAUUUAAAAACUCUUUUCCACUAAACCUCAGAUUUGAUUUUUGGCCUCAGAUGUUUCCAGACAGAUGCUUCCUCUGUAAGUGACAGUUUUAUUGUUUACAAAAUGGUCAUUUUUGUUUUUUCCU